AGUCAUCGACUGUCACUCGCAAAAAGAAAAACAAAACCCUUAAAGAGAUACAAAGCAAAAGAGAUCGGAAAAAAUGGGAGUGGAGAAGGAAGUGAUCCAAGCCGGAACCGGUCCCAAGCCCGUCCCCGGCCAAAAUGUCACCGUUCAUUGUACCGGAUAUGGGAAAAAUGGCGAUCUGUCUCAAAAAUUCUGGAGCACCAAAGAUCCAGGGCAGCAGCCGUUCACCUUCAAAAUUGGCCAAGGCCAAGUUAUUAAAGGUUGGGAUGAAGGUGUAUUGGGAAUGCAAUUGGGAGAAGUUGCUCGGUUAAGGUGCACACCUGACUAUGCUUAUGGUGCUGGUGGAUUUCCUGCAUGGGGUAUCCAGCCUAACUCCGCUUUGGUCUUUGAGAUCGAAGUUCUUCGUGCACAGUAGUAGAUCGGUGCGUUAGUUCGUGAAAUGGUAUUUACUCAGGUGCUUAAACAUGUGUUGGCAUGCUAUUAUAAACUUCAAAAAUACCGGUAUAAUUACAUCUUAUGCCCGACCGAUGACUAUUUUUGCAUUUACUGUUCUCCGUUUGUUAAUUUUUGAGACUUUGAUUAUUGCAUCAGACUUGUAAAACCAAAACCUAGAUGUGGCAAAGAAUAAAAAACCACCAUGGCUAUCAAUGAUCCUUUGCGUAAGGAAAAA